GUCUUGCAUUCCCCAUUCCCAUUCUGCCUUGCAUUGUCACUCUUGCAUCUAAAAGCAGAUCAGAUCUUCAAACUAGUACAUAUCUCUUCUAUCAACACAGACAACCGCCAUCAUGCCGACUAUGCUUGGUCUCACCAACGAUCGCUCACCUCACGGGCUUAACGCAGAAGAAAGUAAAUUUGGUGGCCCCUCCAGCCAAAGAGGCAUGGAACUUACCCCGCGCCAACAAAAUGGUAGCAUUGUAUCCGGCAUCGAAGGCUCCGACUUCUUCAACGGUGGUGGCAAGCAAAAGGAACACGACGCAGAUGAGGAAUCAGAUGAGGAGAACCUCAAAACCAUCAAGGGCCGUAACCUCUCCGCCGUCAAGGAGAUGGAGACCCUUCUCUGGCGUGCCCUCUGCGAUAAGCCCAAGACUGCCCUCAAAUACAUCGCCAAGGACGCCGUCAUGUCGAACCGCUUCCUCUUCGGCGACCCUGUCCCCCGGACCGCUGACUCUGAUCCUUCUCUAGAGGAAGAGAUCAAGCACUGUGAGGAGUGGCUCGCCUACAAGAUGCACGACCCCCAGCCCGUCGAGAUUGGUCUCAUGGCGGCUGCCAUUGGCUACAAGCUCAUCCUCUUCCGCCAACUUGACCAAGGAGAUGGCAACUUUGGCAUGCAGACCGUUCAGGCUACAUGUUCUAGCUCCUGGAGGCAACUUGCUAGUGGCGACUGGGAGCUCACUAGUAUGUUUGCUGGUUAAACGGUUUGAUGAUAUGGAUGAUUGCAUGAAAUGGACAGGCGUUACAUGAUGAAUGGAGUAUUGUUUGGUGAUUCGUGCCUAAAGGAGCUACAUCAUAAAUCUGAACAACAGGUUGCAU